CCAUUCGCUGAAAGAUAAACACUCUCCUGCUCCUGUGCUGAACAGUGUAACGUAAUGACCUUUCGUCGGAAGUCCAUAGUUCAGUGUUUCUUUCUUCAGAGAGAACAUGGGAGACAAAAAGAUACUCAGCAUUGGGUUGGUGUGUCUGGAUAUCAUAAAUGUUGUGGAUAAAUACCCAGAAGAAGAUACUGACACAAGCUUGUUUGGUAGGUGUUUGUCUCAGAGAUGGCAGAGGGGAGGAAAUGCAUCAAACACGUGCACAGUUUUGUCUCUGCUUGGGGCCCCGUGUGCAUUUAUGGGCUCUUUGGCUCCUGGACCAGUAGCUGAUUUCAUCGUGGGGGAUUUUACACGGUGUGGGGUGGACAUAUCUGGUGUGGCUUGGCAGCAGUGGGGUGAGACCCCGUGUGCCUGUUGUGUGGUGUCUCCCACCAAGGGCUCUCGCACUGUCGUGCUCUCAGACACAAACUUGCCAGAUGUUUCUGUAGAAGAUUUUUCAAAGGUGGACCUGAGCCAUUACAAGUGGAUCCACUGGGAGGGCCGUAAUGCUGAUGAACAAGUGAAGAUGAUUGAGAGGGUGAGAGAGCAUAACAGCAAACAGCAAGAGAAGAACAGAAUCACCAUCUCUGUGGAAAUCGAGAAAACCAGGGAACCCCUCUACCAGCUUUUCCCUCUUGGUGAUUUGGUCUUUGUUAGUAAGGAUGUGGCCCAGCAAUUUGGGUUUACCUCAGCUGCUGCAGCAUUGAAGGGGUUCUGCGGUCGCCUUAGAAAAGGAGCUACCCUUAUUUGUGCCUGGGCGGAAAAGGGAGCGGAUGCCAUGGGUCCCGAUGGUGUAAUCAUCCAUUCAGAUGCAUUCCCGCCUGAGAAGCUUUUAGACACACUUGGAGCAGGAGAUACGUUCAUUGCUUCUGUGAUCUAUACCCUUUCAAAUGGGGGCAGCCUACAGGAUGCUCUCACAUUUGGCUGCCAGAUUGCAGGCAAAAAAUGCGGUGUCCAUGGAUAUGAUGGAAUUUUACUCUGAACUUGGCGGGAAGGUGCACAGCAGGAAUGUAGUACAGACAUGAAGCAUGCUGAUAAACUUAACUAGUACUGUAAGCAACAUUGUCAAGGCAUGAUGAGGUGCUGAAUAAUGUUUCUUUGCACAGAAAAGACUAAUGCACAUGCAAAGGCCUAAUAAUUCAAAAUAAUGAUGGUAUAUUCUGCUGGUGUUCUUCUGUAAUAGAAUUAAUAAAUUAAUUGAAGAAGA